AUGUUUCUCCUCACAGCAUCCACCUGCAGUUAUCAGAAUGUUCUUGAUCACCUGCAACUGACCAAAGCUAAUGAAACUUUCACCAUGAGCAGACCUGUUAAAGAUCAUACAAAUAAAACAGUCUUAUACCUGGAAAUGAUAGUCUAUGCCAUCCUGGAUGUGAAAGAGACAGAUCAGACAUUCAUUGCAUAUGUUUGGAUUUACAUGGAGUGGGGAAAUGACUACGCUUUAUGGAAUAAAGAUGACUUCUGUGGAAUUUCAGAAAUAAUUGUUCCCACAGAGGUAUUGUGGAAGCCAGACUUAACAAUUGAAGAGAUGGUAGAGAAGGACAAAGCUCCUCCAAGCCCCUUUCUCAAAAUACACAGUAAUGGGUCGAUUGAAUUUAGGAACGACCAGAUUGUGAUCAGCGCCUGCAGGAUGCAUGUUUACAAAUUCCCUUUUGACAUUCAGAAGUGUAACAUCACUUUCAAGUCCUACUUGUAUGCAGAACAUGAAUUAGAAAUUGACGUAGAAAGAGAUAGUUCAGUAAUAUCAAAGUGGUCUCGUGAAAUAAUGGCGACAGAAUUUGAGUGGGUGUUUGUCAACAUGUCUGUCACCAGUUCUACAGUGAACCAUUAUGGAUACAAUCAAACCGUUGUUGUUUACACUAUAACCAUGAAGAGAAAGUCUGCACUUUAUGUUGGCAACUUUCUGCUGCCUGUACUCUUCUUCUUGUGUCUGGACUUUGCCUCCCUCCUGAUGCCGACUGGUGGUGGAGAGAAGAUUAGUUUCAAGAUCACGGUGCUACUUGCUGUUACAGUGAUGCAGCUGAUUCUCAUUGAAAUUAUACCUGUUACCGCAAGCAGGAUUCCAGUUAUAGUGAUUUACUGCAUUGGGGUUUUUGCUCUGAUGCUGCUCGGCUUCUUGGAAACCAUUUUCUUGAAUUAUCUGAUGGAAAAAGACUCUUCAUCCCUGGAAAGCAAGAAAGAGAGUGUCAAGCUUCAAAUAAUAAAAGCUUCCUCCAUUGCCUCCACCUGUGAUGAGAUGACCGAUCAAACACCAUCUAUGUGCAAAGGGGGCAGCAGCAGCCAACUGACUGAGUUAUUCCUGGCAGUGGAGAAAGUCUCAGAUGAACUUGGAGAGAUGAAAAAAGCUUUUCUUGAGAAAGAGUCUGAAGAGAAGAAGGAUGGCUACUGGACCGGAGUCGCCAAGAAAAUAGACAAGAUUUUUUCCAUUCUGUAUGUCUUGUCAGCCAUUCUGUUUUUAGCUGUCGUCUUCUCAGUGUGGCUCUCAAAAUCAGACUCAUCAGAAUGAUCCAGAUAUUAAUCUUGAGAUCUU